UUGUACUUUAGCCCUUUGGAGUUAGGAUGUAGUAUGUACUAUGUAGAUUGUAGAUAAUAAAUAUAAUAUCUAUAUUUGUGUCACAUGUUCGUACACAACCGUACGAUAACUGCCGAACGUAUACGAUCUUUAUCUAUACAUCAUUAAUUUGUUAAAAUUUUUUUGCACCUUCCAUUUACACACGAUGUUGUCGACUGUCGAUGGUCGACACUUGUCAUCAACUCAUUUAAUAAACUGUUGUGGUAAUGUGUAGUUUUAUUGCUGACUCGUGUAGUCUAUACAUGUGUAGAGCUCGUGCGUUUUAUUAAACUUUGACGAUCAACAAUUGAUAGUAACCACAAUUAGUUUACUGAAAAUAUCAAAUUAUCAACUUUUUAACUAACUUGACAAUUCUCAUCAAUUUCAUAAAUGAUGAAUGAUAACAAUAUGUCCAAUAUAAAUAGAUUUUCAUUAAUAACAUCUAACAUUCCUGUUGACUUGGCGUUUGAUUUCAUUUCCAAAACUGACCUACAACAGUGCUUAGAAUACCUUACAGCAUGGUACUGUAAAAUAGGCUGUAUCCAAUUAUUUGACAAUGAGAAAAUUUUGAACCUAGAUACAAUACUAAAUGAAGAGUUCCUAAAAAAAGUAAUAGCAAAAUUACCAACAGUGGAUUGUGAUGAUUAUAAACUUCAGAAUGAAAUGGAAAAUCAAUUUAAUCAAAAACUUGGUAUAUUGUAUAAUUUUAAUAUUAAAAAAUUUUUGAUUGAUUUUAAAUUACAAAACAAUUCUGCUAAUUUGGCUCGAAUAGUUUGUAAAUAUUUAAAUAAACCAAUCAUGUUUAAUUUUAAUAUACCAACAUUAGAAAAUGCUUGGGACUCUUGGAAUACUUUUAGAAAUAUGACUGGUUAUAGCUUACAAAUUGGCAUAAUUUUAUGCCUCACCGAAUAUGUGCCAACGCAUGAUGAGAUAAAUCGAUGGAUUGGUGAACCCGUACGUGCUCUAUCUAUUAAUACAAACCUUUUCAAUUUAAACAAAAAAGGAUAUCCUGUACUCAAUGAAGAUCAUGAAGUUAUUUUGAAAAUAGCAAUACAACAAAAAUGGGUAAUAAUUUUAUCAGGCAAACCCCUACCAAAUAUGAGAGAUUAUUUUUAUUAUAUAAUAUUUAUUGCUAAGAACAUAAAUAUCCCAUCUCCAAUAUUAGAAUGUGAUGAUCUUCUACAACUUCCUUUACAACCACUCAGAGAUAAUCUUAUGUCUUGUGUGUAUCAUGUAUUUGAACAAGAUCCAGUUAAGUAUACACAAUAUCAAAAGGCAAUACAUUUGGCAAUUAUUGACAAAAAGGUAAAAAAUAUUGUUAUAGCUGUUAUUGGUGCUGGUCGAGGUCCUCUAGUUAAAGCCAGUUUAAGAGCUGCAGAUUUAGCAGCAGUAAAUGUUAAGAUAUAUGCUGUUGAAAAAAAUGAAAAUGCCAUACCGACACUACUUAUGUAUCAAAAAAACAUUUGGGGUAAAUCUGUUGAUGUGGUUUUCAGUGAUGGACGAGAAUGGGAUCCACCUGAGAAGUGUGAUAUAAUGGUGUCUGAACUUCUGGGAUCAUUUGGUGAUAAUGAAUUGUCACCGGAAUGCUUAGAUGGAGCUCAGAAGUGUUUAAAAGAUGAUGGUAUUAGUAUACCUUGUGAAUAUUCAUCCUAUUUAAGACCUGUAAUGUCACAUAAACUGUUUAGUCAGACUAUUAAUAAUAAAGCCAUCGAUGAAUCAUGCUUAUCAAAUUCAAAAGAUGCUGCGUUUGAACAGUCAUACAUUGUUUUACAACCCAAUAGCUACAAACCAACCAAAACCAAAAAAUUAUUUACAUUUUAUCAUCCCAAAAAAACAUUAGAAAGCAAUGCUCGGUAUAAAUGCCUUGAGUUUGAAAUAACUUUAAACAUGCAAUUACAUGGUUUUAGUGGUUAUUUUGACGCAGUACUGUAUAAAAACAUUAAAAUAAGUAUAGAACCAUUAACUGAAAGUAUUGGCAUGUUCAGUUGGUUCCCUGUUUAUUUUCCAAUCAAAGACACAAUGCUUGUUAAAUCGGGUAAUGUUAUAUCUGUUCAUUUUUGGCGAUGUUGUGAUGAACAUAAAGUAUGGUAUGAGUGGUGUGUAUCUUCUCCUAACCAAACGCCUAUUUAUAAUUGCAAAGGAAAAUCAAAUUCUAUAAGACUGUAAUUUAUUAAAUAUUUAAUUUUUAUUAUAUUCGUGAUAUUUUAUAUUGUUGACUGAUAUUGAUAUUUUAAGUUUUAAUUGUCAAUUUUUGCUAAAUACCUAUG